UUUUUAUCAGAUAGAUAGGUAUAUGUUUAUUCUUCUCUAUGUGGAACUACCCAAUCCCAUCUCCGAGAAUAAGCCAUCUGCAACCUGUAUAAAUAGAACUCCACAUGAUCUCAAGUUCCACGUAGCAAAUCAAACCAAAUUCCUCAUUUCACUUAAAUCACAUAGUUCCCCAACUCUUGGUCCCUCUAGUAAUUAACCCUCCAAAUCCCAAUUAUAGCAUAGCAAUGGAUGUGUUAACAACAUUGACUGCAGAUAAGCCAGUGGUGAUCUUCAGCAAGAGCACAUGUUGCAUGAGCCACACCGUGAAGGCUCUCAUAUGCAGCUUUGGUGCCAGCCCUACAAUUAUUGAGGUUGACAAAAUGCCAAGUGGUCAGCAAGUAGAGAGAGCACUCAUUCAACUAGGUUGCAAACCAAGUGUGCCUGCAGUGUUCAUAGGACAGCAAUUCAUAGGUGGUGCUGAUGAAGUCAUCAAACUCAACGUUCAAAACAAGCUUGCCCAAUUGCUUCUCGGUGCUAAAGCUAUCUUUAUCUGGAGUAGGUAGCUAUGCAAAGUUCCAAACUCAUCAUCCCUAUGAGAUCAAAUAAGAGGUUCUAGUUUUCUCAAAGCUGUGUGAGGCGGUUUAGUAUAGAGCUUCUUCUAGUUCUAGCCAUGCUUCUUGUGUUCUAUUCUCCAUUUUUCUCUGUCUUCUGUUUUUGUGGAGCAGAACAGCACUGUUUGUUUUGUAUAUUGCAAACUAUGCUUUAACCAUAUAUGAUGAUGGCCAUGUCAUGUAAUGUAAUCACCUAUUAAUAAUC